AUAUUUCGCAAUUCACCUAGUAGUCCAAUACGCGACUACAAAUUAAAAACGGUGACAUUUGGCGUAAAUUGCGCCCCCUUUCUUGCCAUUCGAACACUUCACGAAUUGGCGAACGAUAUAAAAGAAAAACUGCCUCUAGCAACCCCGGUGUUAAAAACACAAACUUAUGUGGACGAUAUCCUGUCGGGAAGCCACAGCUUACCCCAACAUGUGAAUCACUAUCUCAAGUGAUCUAAGCCCUCAACUGCGGAGGGUUCCCCUUGAAAAAGAUAACGGCCAACCACCCCGAAAUAUUAAAGAAUAUAAAUAAAGACCACUUAUUAGACACAAACUUCCUCAUCUUUGAAAAAUAAAGUACCACCAAAACUCUGGGAAUAUGAUGGAAUGCGAUAUCAGAUCAAUUCUCAUACACUCUUGAGUCAAUAUCUACAAUAUCCGCAAAAACCAAAAGGCAGAUCCUGUCGUCUGUGGCAAAACUUUUUAACCCCGCAGGAUGGCUUGCACCAAUUAUGAUCCAAGUAAAGAUACUCAUUCAUUCAAUUUGCCAACAAUCUGAACACUAUUUCGGAAAUACAAAUCCCUCAUACUCUCCCGUACAUCAAGCCGAACUGCACGGCUUCUGUGACGCCUCUGAAAAGGCAUACUUCGCUACUAUAUACGUGCGCACCCAACAUGAUGGCAAAACAACAAGCCACUUGCUAGUCGCGAAAGGCAAAGUGGCUCCGCUAAAGACCGUAAGCCUACCACGGCUUGAGCUAUGCGGGGCGCUCCUCCUUGCAAAACUAGCCUCCACUGUUCAAACCCACUUAAGCCUGAACAAUCGCAAAUUUUACCUAUGGACUGACUCUGAAAUAGUCUUUGCUUGGUUAGAAAAACCACCCCAUACGUGGAAGACAUAUGUGUCAAACCGCACAGGCCAAAUAAUAGACUUAGUUGGGCCAGCAACUUUGCGACAUGUAGCCAGUGCUGAUAACCCCGCCGAUCUUGGCACAAGAGGUUGCAAACCCCUGCACCUCGCCACCACCUUACUCUGGUGGAACGGCCCCAGCUGGCUAACAGAAUCACAAGAAUUCUGGCCACAAUCCCCAUACGCAACAUAAUACCCCCCGAAAGUCGAAAACUUGAAAACUGUCAUGCCGUAUUGGAUGAUACGACAUCCUUAAACGAUUUUCGUCGUUCCCCUGAUGCCUCAGAGUAAUAGAUUAUAUGUUUCAGUUCAUAAAUCGCCUCAAAAACCAAGGGAAAGGAGCGCCUAACCCCCCGCAUCAUGCACUAGCACACCAAGACCUACAACGGGCUAAAAUCGCUCUGAUUAUGUCUACUCAGACCCGCUAUUAUGACCGGGAAAUAGCAC